AUGACCCUACCACAACUUAACCACGACGCCUAUACGGUUGGAUGGGUAUGUGCUCUUCGCUACGAAGUCAAUGCCUCCCGGGCAAUGCUGGACGAGGAACACGAACGGCUUCCUCGUGGCCCAAACGAUGACAACAGCUAUAUCCUCGGCCAAGUGGGCAAGCAUAACGUGGUUAUUGCAUUUCCCGGAGCAGGUGUUCACGGUACAGAAGCCGUUGCUCGAACCACGGCGCAUAUGAUUCGAACGUUUCGCAAUAUUCGGUUUGGGCUUAUGGUUGGUAUCGGAGGGGGUGCUCCCAAAUCACCGGACCCCGCUGACCCGGCAAAUGAUAUACGGCUUGGGGAUGUUGUUGUUGGUGAGCCUAAGGGAAGAUAUGUACAUCCACAAAAGGUUGACCAUACGGAGGCCGCGGCCAAUGUUCUCAAAGACCUCACCCAAUCACUUGAUCGAGUUGAACUAGGUAUAGCCAAAGUCAACACCGUUGCGGAUGAAAAUCAAAAGACAGAGAUUCUCGAUUGGCUUAGUUCAAGUGAUUAUGGUACUGAGCAAAGCGACCUUUUUAGUAAGCGGCAACCAGGAACAAGCCAAUGGUUCAUCAACUCAAACGAAUUCCAACACUGGCUCAGGGGACGCAACCAGUCACUCCUCUGUCAGGGCAUCCCGGGUGCGGGUAAAACGAUCAUGGCAUCUAUUGUCAUUAAUCAUCUCAACUCCAUAUACUAUGAUGUCCGCAGUAUCAACACCUCAUUUAUAUAUUGUAACUUCCGGCGCCAAUACCAGCAAAAGCCAACGGAUUUUCUGGCAAGUCUCUUGAAACAGAUGGUUUGGCAACAUGGCUCUAUACCAGAAGACUUGAGAAGUAUUUACGAGCGCCACAAGGUGCUGGAGACUCGGCCUUCUUCCGACGAGAUUCUGGAAGUGCUGCGUACUGUUCUUUGUUCCUGCCAAAAGGCCUUUAUUGUCAUUGACGCGCUGGACGAAAUCCAGGUUUCUGACGGGGGGCGUGCAACGUUCCUGUCCCAUAUAUUUGCUCUACAAGGGAGUACAGGUGUCAAUAUACUUGCAACCUCGCGAUUCGUUCCAGAAAUUGAAGAGGGGUUUUUCAAAAGGGAAAGCGCUUUUCUGGAGAUUCGUGCCAUGGACGACGAUGUACGGAAUUACAUCGAAGGACACGUGUCACUGCCACGAUCUAUUAUGUCCAAAGAUCCUGAGCUGGAAAGCGAAAUCAAAGUGAAAAUUAUCGACUCGGUGGAUGGAAUGUUUCUUUUGGCAAAGCUACAUUUAGAUUCAUUGCAGGAUAAAGUAUCACGCAGUGAGGUGAAGCUUGCGUUGACAAAUCUUCCUAAAGGCUCCAAGGCAUACAAAGAAGCAUAUGAAGAAGCCAUGGGACAAAUCAAAUGCCAGUUGACCGGCUUUCGAGAUCUUGCUCUGCGGGCAAUCGCGUGGAUUACCUGUGCAAGAAGGCCUCUUACGACCAAUGAAUUGCAACAUGCCCUAGCAGUCAGACGAGGAAUGACAGAAUUUGACGAGGAUAACCUUGUCAACGUUGGUCUGAUAAUCUCUGUGACAUCUGGCCUUGUCGCAGUGGACGAGAAAAGCAACAUUAUUCGACUAGUUCACUAUACUGUGCAAGAGUACUUUGACCAGACUUGGGAACACUGGUUUCCUAAUGCUCAUAGGGAUGUCGCUGAGACCUGCCUGACAUAUCUAACCUUCGAUACUGUAGGGACAGAGGCCUUUGCGUUGUAAUUAUCUCAAACCCCUCUUGUCAAGCUGCCACAAUAUCUUCACAAGUAUGCGGCUCAGAACUGGGGCCACCGUGCUCGCAUACAAUCCGUGGAUAAGCAACUGGUAUUUCGAUUGCUAGACAACGAUCAAAAACUGCUUGCUAGUAUUUAUCCUCUGAUUCUGCCGAAAUCCUUUGAUGGCCCACGUUCUGAAGACAGCAAAACAUGUUACAAAACUCCAUCUGGCGGCAUAUUUUGGCCUUGAAAAUAUUGUGGAAGCAAUCAUAAGAGAUGGUUACGAUCAUACAGCCAAAGACGAAAAAGGACGAACUCCACUAUCAUGGGCCGCAGAGCAAGGCCAUGAGAAGACGGUUCGAGUUCUGCUGGAUAGUGGUCUAGAUCCUAAUUUAGAGGAUGCCUCCGGAAUAAUCCCACUUGUGGAGGCUCUCCUGAAAGGGCAUACUAGAAUCUUGCAAUUAUUCAUGAAGAGCAACCAUAGGCCGAACUUGAGC